CGCAAUUUCCUCAAGGCGCGCUGUGAACGUCCUACCGCGUCGUAUUUAUUUACUGUCAUGUUUUUCAUGCGUGGUCAUAUUUAUGAUUGUUAUUAUGGUUAGUAUCAUAUUUUUCUCUGCACUUCUUUUUCCUCGAUUUCUUGAAGUGUAGUUUAGCCGUGGCCCGUGGGUGGGGUUUGUAGGUGCGAAACUUGGAAGAGGGAGAUCUGAUGUACAUUUCUUUCGGAUCUCAACUACAUAGAUACCAUGAUCGCGUUAGAACAUAACGAUCCUGUGCAGGUGAACUGUGAGGCACCCAUUAAAUGCCUCCAGAACACAGGAUAUCCUCACACUUUGAAUCACAAUGGGACAUCCAUAAAAAAAAUUCCAGAGCUCAAUGAAGGCCCUGGUUCUGCUUCAGUGGGGGAUACUAAUAGUGAUUGCUCAUCUGGAAGUGAACCUGUUGGCUCUUCUAAAGAAACCCCCCCAAAAACUGUUGAACUUCAUGCUUCUGGCUCUUGGAAAGCCUUCUACCCUGGCUCAAAUAAUAUGCGAAUGUGUGCAGUGAACGCUUUUGAGCCCCAAUUUUAUCCUUUCUCAGUGGACAGGCGGUUCCGCUACGGGCCAAUCAAAACAAUCCCUGGACAUUACCCUUAUGAAUUCCAAUUCCAAGAUAUUCAAUAUUUUGUAGUCAUAGACUUCGAAGCUACUUGUGACAAGGAAAGGAACCCUCACCCCCAAGAAAUAAUCGAGUUCCCAUCUGUGGUUGUAAGCAGCAUGACUGGCCAGCUUGAAGCUUGUUUUCAAACCUAUGUGCGACCAACAUGCAAUGAGCUCCUCAGCGAUUUCUGCAAGGAUUUGACUGGCAUCCAGCAAAUUCAGGUUGACAGAGGAGUUAGUCUGAGUGAAGCUCUCCAUAAGCAUGACAAGUGGCUUGAGAAGAAGGGGAUAAAACAUUCCAAUUUUGCAGUGGUUACGUGGUCAAACUGGGAUUGUAGAGUGAUGUUGGAAUCUGAGUGUCGCUAUAAGAAGAUCCAGAAGCCUCCUUACUUCAACAAAUGGAUCAAUUUAAAGGUUCCUUUCCGUGAGACUUUUGGAGGAGGAAGGUGCACUCUGAAAGAGGCUGUCCAGCUUGCUGGCAUAGAAUGGCAGGGUCGUGCCCACUGUGGUCUGGAUGAUGCAAAAAACACUGCCCGCUUACUCACACUAUUUAUGCACAAGGGUAUCAAGCUCUCAAUCACAGAUUCACUCACCUUUCAACCUAUGAGUGAACCCUUCACAUGGAAGCCAUCACCCCGAGAUCAUGUCUCCAACUUGCCAUAUCAAACUCAGAAAGUGAGGGACCAGCGUUUUCCAACCAUCCAGAUUCAGAUGCAUUCUAAUUGCUACUGUGGGAUAAGGAGCACCAAAGGUGUUGUCCAGAAGCCAGGGCCGAAGCAAGGAAGCAUCUUCUUUGGUUGUGGCAACUGGACUGCCAUAAGGGGUGCUCGAUGCCAUUACUUCGAAUGGGCUUACCUUUGACUUGAAUGAAAUGGAAGUAGUUUUCACAUUCUACCCACCCCCAAUCAACAUUUGUGAUAUACUAUCUACUGUAAAAAGUGAGGGAAAAAAGACUCAGGCUUGUCACUCUGUGGAAGCAGAUGGCCAUAUCUCCCUGCUUCCCUGCAGAGUAAAUAUGGGAUAGCUGCAUCUUCUCAGUGCAUGAUCGCGUGAGUGUCUGUCUCCCCAAAUACCAUGCAAUGUGGCAGACCCAACCUGUUAACUGAGAUCUUGCUGACAGAAAAUGUAGAGCAGGCUUUUUCAUGCCAGACAUUAUAUUUAUAUAAUUAUAUUUAUAUAUGCAGCAUGCUUAUUUAUGUAAAUAACUGUGAACAAAUGCAGUUCAAUGGAUGGAGUAGUUUUCUUGUCUCGCCUGCUUCAUCUUCCAUUCUGGGACUGUUUCAUAUUCAAACGAGCAUUGUUUUGUUCUUGUAACCGACCAUCAUGGAAGAAGACAAAAAUCUAUGGCAGAACAUGCAUAGCUAUAAUCUUUUCUUGGAAUUUACACAUUUUCUACAAAUUAUUACUCCUAUCAUUUUUAGUGUUUGAUUUAAAGUCAGAAAGUUGUAUUUUUUUGUUUUGUUCAUUUUCUGUGAGAAGAACAAGAACAUGAUGCAUAAUUGUACCCUAUAUUUAUACAUUACAAUUAUUAUAAAAUAAUGGUUGUGUUUAAUGAAUGCUUGAGGAGGCCGACCGUCGA